UUUACACUCUUUUCUUCAUCUCUCUGCUUCAGAGAUUAUCCAAAUUCCCUUUACAGAGAAGGGUUUUCUUAGUCGGAACACAUUUUGUUUUAUGUAACGAAGAAGAAGAAGAAGAUGGAGUUGAUCAACUCUUUCUUGAAUCUGGUGGUGCCGCCGGCGAGUUUGGUGAUUCUGGCGUUCUCAUGGCCGGCAUUGUCCUUCAUCAACGCCUGUGAGUGGAUUUACAAUUCCUUCAAUAUUGAGAGUAUGGAAGAUAAAGUCGUCAUUAUCACCGGCGCUUCCUCCGGCAUUGGAGAGCAAAUAGCUUAUGAGUAUGCGAAAAGGAAGGCGAAUCUGAUGCUGGUGGCGAGGAGGGAGAACAGGCUAAGAAUCAUAAGUGAGAAUGCGAGGGCAAUGGGAGCUAAACGAGUUUUGAUCAUGGCGGCUGAUGUUGUUAAAGAAGAUGACUGUCGAAGAUUCGUCUCUGAAACUGUUAAUAUCUUCGGACGAGUGGAUCAUCUUGUAAACACGGCUAGUUUGGGACAUACAUUCUACUUUGAGGAAGUUACUGAUACAUCAAUAUUUCCCCAUUUGAUGGAUAUCAACUUUUGGGGAAAUGUCUAUCCAACUUUGGUGGCUCUACCGUAUCUUCAUCAAAGCAAUGGUCGAGUCAUUGUUAACGCAUCGGUCGAGACCUGGUUACCUCUGCCACGGAUGAGUUUGUACUCUGCUUCCAAGGCAGCACUGGUGAAUUUCUAUGAGACAUUGAGAUUUGAAGUGAAAGAUGAUGUUGGGAUAACAAUUGCCACACAUGGUUGGAUUGGAAGUCAAAUGACCAGAGGCAAGUUCAUGGUGGAAGAUGGUGCAGAAAUGCAACGAAAGGAAGAAAGAGAGGUGCAUGUAACCGGAGGCCCGGUUGAGGAGUUUGCAAAGCUGAUUGUGUCGGGGGCGUGUCGAGGAAAUAUAUACGUGAAGUAUCCAAGCUGGUAUGACAUCUUCCUGCUAUACAGGAUGUUUGCACCCAACAUCCUGAACUGGACGUUCAGGUUGCUACUUUCGAGUAACGGUUCGAGGAAGACAUCCCUAGUCGGGACGGGAAUGCCCGUAUAUGAAGCCAGUGGGAGCGGGAGCGGGAGCGGGAGGCUGGUUUUGGAGGGAGCGUCGCCUAGACGACUACUACUUGCCCCUAACUCACCACAAAGCCUACAGGCCCAGAAGCUGGAAUGAAAUCACAAGUUUUCCUAUAGAAUGUUGUUAAUGAAUGUUUUGAUCUGAUUAUCAGUUGAAUAAACAGUACGUUUUCUGAGUCGAGUUCAUCUGUAAACUUCAAUAAAAGAUGGGCACAAUUUUUUGGUUCAAAAAAAGCAUCUAUUUUGUU